CUACGAGAUACCAACAUACCAAUAUGCCGUUUAUCACCAUACCAAUAUGAAUAUAUACUAACAUCACAUAACCUCAAAAAUAUAAUAGAUGGUCUUCCUCUCAGUUCUCACCUUUAUUUAUUUUCAUUAAAUGAAUAAACAAAGGCCUCAGGAUUCACGGUAGAUUAUUUAUUACAUUAGAUUGAAAUGGAAAACGAAAAUUCCGUAAUUUACGGGCUUGAGUUUCAGGCUCGGGCCCUUUGUGCUCAACUAGCAGAUACUGAAAAAAUCAGGUUCUUCGUUGGAACACAAUCCUUAAAACAAGUAAAUAACCAAAUUCAUUUAGUUGAGUUUGAUGAAGAAAAAUCAACAUUAAAAACUUUGGUAUACCAUCACUCAGAUGGAGAAGUGUGGAAAUUGAAUGCGAGCCCAACUGAUCCCUCUUUGAUAGCAUCAUGCUACAAUUCGGUCAACAAAGAAAACUUAUGCACCAUGAAAACGGCUAUUUUAAAAAUACCAGACAUUUUUAACGACGAUAACAUUGAUAAUUUGGAAAUAGUAACGAAAUUUGAUACCUCCGCUUUCGGAAAUGAUAUAAAGACAACAGAGUUUCAUCCCAAUGAUAGGACGAAAGCGGCAUCUGUUACCGAUAAUCAAAUUGUAGUAUGGGAUAUAUUGAGCGAGAAUGCCCAAAACGUCUCGCAUAUCACGUUGGAAGGUAAAAAUAGUCCAAAGUUUACAAUGGGUAAAUGGAAUCCGCAUCAAAACGGCAAUCAGUUUGCGACUGCAACUGACACCCACUUGAAAACUUAUGAUAUUCGAACGGGGUCUCUGGCAUGGAAUAUCGAUAAUGUGCACAGUCAACUCACACGAGAUAUGGAUUUUAAUUUAAAUAAACAGUACCACAUUGCUACAUGUGGUGACGAUGGUUUUGUCAAAAUUUGGGAUUUUAGGCAAACUUCCAUUCCAGUCUAUUCGAGAACUGAUCAUUCACAUUGGGUGUGGUGCGUUAGAUUUAAUCCUUUCCAUGACCAACUCCUGCUAACAGCCAGUUCGGAUGCUCGUGUCCUUCUCUCCAGUGCUGCUAGUGUCAGCUCAGAAAAUAAUGAAAGCAUCAUUCACGACGACCCAUUGGAAAAUCAAGAUAAUAAACAGAUAUUAUCAGAUGGCCCCCUUCAAUGGUGCGAACACGAAGACAGCGUUUAUUGCGCGGAAUGGGCCCCUGCUGAACCAUGGAUAUUUGCGUCACUUAGUUACGAUGGCCGUCUUCUUAUCUCGCGCGUUAAAAGAUCUUUAAAGUAUCAAAUUAUGUUGUAAUGUUUAAGUUAAAUUUAUAUGAAAGUGAAACCUUAUUUAAUGUCAAAUUAUAGAGUUAGCUAAAUUA